GGUUUCAGGAUACAGGGAGAGAGACUGCAGCAAGACUUAGAGAGUGCAGGAAGUCAGUUCAUGUAACGAGGUACCACUGUGACUUCCUUUAUUCAUAUGUCCUCCCCCAAACCGCCCCCUGUUCCUGAGCACACUACUGGGGGCUGGCACUGAGAUUAGGCAGCAGAGUCAGACAUUAAGUGAAAGAAAGAACUGGCUUUAGUGUGGAGUAGAUAAGGAGGACAGAAGACCACAAGAAGGACAUUUCAGGAACAUAACAUUCUCCUCUCUUUUGGGCACCCUACACUGAUCUCCUCAUCAUCUCCGUACCCGCCAUUUGGACUUAACUCUUUGCUGCUACAUCACAUCUAACCAUGAAGAUUCUGCUUGCACUGUGUACCGUUAUGCUGGUUACCCAAGUGAGGUCCCAGGACAUGGAUUUCGGAGCCACAAGUUCGGAGAUGUUCGUCCCAUUAGGAGAGGCUGUGUGGUUAAACUGCUCUACUCCCAAACCUGACCAAACAUUCUAUGAAAGCAGAUUAUACAAGAAUCAGAUCAAGAGGGGGCCCAACUGGUUGGCAGUGCAAGUGAUUGUCAAUGACUGGGAGAACUCAACGGGUGUCUGCAUGCUUGACACUGGAGACCAACAAUUAAUAAGUCACACCCAAGUCAUGGCAUAUGCUCUGCCUUCCGACAUCACUAUAGACCUGCAGACGGAGCUACAGGAAGGAAACGAAUAUACCAUCAACUGUACGGUUCAUGAAGUUGCUCCUCUGGAGUAUCUUACCAUAUACAUCAGCAGAGGAGAGGAUGUCAUUGACACAAAAUCAUAUGAAGGACCACACGUGGUGAACAGAAGGACUGUGAGUCACUUACAUACAUUCACAGCUCGUCGCAGUGACAACCUUAAGGACUUCUCCUGUGAGGCCGUCUUACGACUGGGGUCAGAGGUCCACACAUUCAAGUCCACGGAGAUAACCGUACAGACCUACACACUGCCAGAAGCUCCUGUAAUAAACAUCAAGAAAUGGAUAGAAAAUGGGACCUCAUUUACAGCCGAGUGUCUCGUUGCCAAUGGAUUUCCUCCACAAAACAUCAGCCUGAGGAUGGUCUUUGAAGACACCUUACUCAAUGUCACUCCUGUCACGACAAAUGAAGGAACCGUAAAGAGCACGACUCAGCUGUCUGCGGAUUUUUCAGACUUAGGACAUAAAACCAUCAGAUGUGAAGCUCACUUAUUUAUUUUGUCCUUGGAGAGUAGUGUGAAUGUGAAUAUUUAUGAACUUCCUACUGUGGAUCUGAGUCUUUCAGAACAACACUGUAAACCAGGAGGAGAACGUGACCGCUACCUGUCAAUCAACCAACAAAGUUCCAGGGGCUUAUAGUCUCACCAUUACUGUGGAUGGUAAAGAAGAGAAGACGGGGCAGACCUCUGUGAUCCCACACAUUCACUGCAAGCCAAAGGACUCCGAGCCUUCCCGUCACCUGCACGGCUUAUAUUACCGAAAAUACAAACAUAUCCCAGUCUUCAACACAGGGCCUAGAAGUACAUUACCCUCCAGAGUUCUCUGAAACUUCGUGCCCCUCAUCUUUACUUCUGGUAGAAGGAAAGACCCCACUUUCGUGUGAGGCUGAUGGAAACCCAAGGCCGAUAGUAAACUGUGAAGCCGAUGGACGCUCUAUCACUGACGCGGUUACAGUAACAAGAGACAUGUCUGGGAAUUAUACAUGUACUGCAAUGAACCUGGGAGGAGGCACAUUGAAGCUGGUCAGCGUCACCGUGCAAUAUCCACCAACGAACCCAAAUGUGACUGUUUCAGACAAAUGAAACGAUCGAAUUAGGAAACCCACUAAACAUAACAUGCAGUUCGGAAGGGUUGCCAGCACCUACUUACAGCUGGCUGGUCCCCGAGAAUGCCGACGUGAC